CCAGGGGGCGCGCUCGCUGCUGUGAGUUGUCUCGACUUUGAUGGUCAGUGCAAGACCCUUAUCAGACCUCAAUGAGAGUCCAGCACGAGCACAACUAGAAACGAAUCCUCUUGAGUUAUUCGAUUGCCGAGAGCUCAAUAAAUUGACGGAGUACACCGAAAUAAGAUUUGCUGAAGAAUCUUUUCGGAUUUUUUGGUACUAUGCAAGUAUCCAAAUGCCAUUUGGACAUUCAGCCACCUGGAUCCGAAUGACACCUGUAGCCAGCCUUCAUGCUUACCGAACUCUAUGCCUACAGGGUUCACAGAAAUGGAUCUUUUUGUACGUGCCGUGGACCCCGUGAAAAGGGAUCUCUGAGUUUCUAGUGCCAUCAUCAUCCCCCAGCUCUUCCUCUCAUUCUCUGCAUCUCUUCAGCCAUAAUUUUAAUUGCUCCACCUGUACAUUAGUCUUCACUGGGAUUUCAGGAGCAUAAGCAGCCAUCAUCACUCAUCUCAUUACGACAACGCUGUUUGACGAUGGCACAGCUUUUGUAUGCCACUGUGGUUUUGGCCGGAGUCUGCCUGCUUCUGAGGCUCUGCGUUGGAGCAGGUCAGAAUCCUGACCAUGUGCUACAGGGCACUGGAGUGAAGCCUGGCUCAGACUCCAGAAGGCCCGGGGACGACUCUACUGUGGCACCAGAAGAUGCUGCUCGCUUCCUCAGCUGCUACUGCUCAGGGCACUGCCCUGAUGACGCCAAGAACAACACCUGCAAGACAAAUGGGCAGUGCUUCGCCAUCAUUGAAGAAGAUGAAAAUGCAGACGUGAUCUUAAGCUCAGGCUGUAUGAAAUAUGAGGGCUCCCACUUUCAGUGCAAGGAUUCACAAUUUGCACAGGCCCGCCGAAACAUCGAAUGCUGCCAAUUUGACUUUUGUAAUCGAGACCUAAAGCCAGAGUUACCACCUCGAGACACCGAACCACCAGACCCUCACUGGCUGGCCUUACUCAUUUCAGUGACUGUGUGCUUCUGCACCCUCUUCUGUGUCACUGUCAUCUGUUAUUACAGGUAUAAGUGGCAGACAGAGAGGCAGCGCUACCACAGAGACCUGGAGCAGGACAAGGCUUUUAUCCCAGCAGGAGAAUCUCUGAAAGAUCUCAUCAACCAGUCUCAAACCUCAGGCAGUGGCUCUGGGCUCCCCCUACUGGUGCAGCGCACCAUUGCGAAGCAGAUCCAGACAGUGCGUCUUAUUGGAAAAGGCAGGUAUGGAGAAGUGUGGCUCGGCCGGUGGAGAGGGGAGAAGGUAGCAGUGAAAGUGUUCUUCACUCGAGAGGAGGCCAGCUGGUUCAGAGAGACGGAGAUCUACCAAACCGUGCUCAUGAGACACGAGAACAUACUAGGCUUCAUUGCUGCAGACAUAAAUGGCACUGGAGCCUCUACACAGCUGUACCUGAUCACAGACUACCAUGAGAACGGAUCUCUGUAUGACUAUUUGAAGUUCACCACUCUGGACACACAGACCCUUCUCAAACUGGCCUACUCUGCAGCCUGUGGCUUGUGUCACCUGCACACAGAGAUCUACGGCACACAGGGAAAGCCAGCCAUCGCUCACAGAGACCUGAAGAGCAAGAACAUCCUCAUAAAGAAGAACGGCACCUGUUGCAUCGCUGACCUCGGGCUUGCUGUGAAGUUCAACAGUGACACAAAUGAAGUGGACAUCCCACUGAGCACACGUAUGGGCACCCGACGCUAUAUGGCUCCAGAGGUCCUGAAUGAGACUCUGAAUAAGAAUCACUUUCAGGCCUACAUCAUGGCGGACAUCUACAGCUAUGGGCUGGUUAUAUGGGAAAUGGCCAGACGCUGUGUCACUGGAGGUAUCGUUGAGGACUAUCAGGUACCAUAUUAUGAGAUGGUGCCAUCAGAUCCGUCUUAUGAGGAUAUGCUGGAGGUUGUGUGUGUCAAAGGACUGCGGCCCACUGUAUCCAACAGAUGGAACAGUGAUGAGUGUUUGAGGGCCAUGUUAAAGCUGAUGUCAGAAUGCUGGGCUCAUAAUCCUGCAUCACGCCUGACCAUCCUACGAGUCAAGAAGACUUUAGCAAAAAUGGUGGAAUCUCAAGACAUUAAAAUCUGAUCUGCGGAGUGGCUUUUAUUUCAUCGUUGACAUCAUUGUCCCUUUCACAGAGGAGGAGAGUCGUGAUAGUGACAUCUAACACAACUAUAAAAUAUAACAAGCUCUCUCUUUCUCUGCCGGAUCAGACAAUGGUGCCUUUUGCUGCUUUCUGUGAAAGCUGUAUCAUUGCAAACUUGGAUAAGAGGAUUACUGCAACAGACUGAAACAGUAGAGUGGGAAAGAUUGAUGUAAACCUCACUGCCUUAAAAUACACUCAAGAUAUUCUGCAUUGAUUCUGGGAUAAACUUCCAGCCAUAUUGAUGAAAUGCUGUUGACUUCUCAUGGAAUCUGUGUAAAGUGUACUGUGAUUAAUAUAUGAUGUGUAAUAUAUUAUAGUACUAGAUGAACUGGCAACAGAGCAAAAUAAUAUGUUAUCAAUAUAACCUCGUCCAGUUAAGAGCUUGACCUGAUGUGUGGCAUUUAAAAAUCAUAAUUUAACUAUACAGAAGUUCUUCUCUCGUCCCCCACAAGGUUAGAGGUAAAGAGAUGCAUGCUGCUUUUUCAGUAGAUGCAGUUUGAUUUUUCACACGUGUCAAAAUGAUUGUUGCAUAAACCAUAUAUUGUUUGCUUUUUUAAAGCAUCCUAUUUUUAACAUCCUCAAAAUAGAAAACAUUCCCAGUGCAUUCUUUCACUAAGCCUUUGAACAUGUAUUUUCAUAAAGUGAACCAGCUGUCGAUACAUCUCAUUUUAAUUAGAAAAGAAAACUCUUCAUACUGACAGGCGUUUACAGUCGAGUGGGUCUCCUGUUAGCAGCGAUUUGGCAGCGAUUUGUCUUUAACUGCAGUCAGUGUGAACACUCCAUCAAAGUUGCCAAACUCAGUGCAGUGUUUGUUGGGGGAUAGGUUGAUACAUUUAUGAGUUCACUUCAUUUAGAGAUGCUGGGUCAUUUUUUACAGAUUACUAUGAAUUGGACUUUCGAGGAUUUGGUGAUAUUCUGAUCAUAUGUCCUUGCCAAUAUUAUGAAUCAUGUGUUUGAACUGUGUUUGUUUGUGAGGUAGCUGAAGGUGAAUGGUACGACUGUAACAUAUGUUAGUCAUCAGUGCUUAAGAUUUCAGUAAGGGCUGCCAAAAUACAGUAUUGGUAACCGGUAUAAUCCAAAACACACAUUGUUGCAUAACUUGUUUACAGAACUCCCAUGCAAAUUUAAUUUUGUUAUUCUUUAGAAAGUGCAUUGUUGUAUUCUAGAAUACUUGUUUAUUAUUCUCAGUGCCAUUGAAAAGACCAAUUUAAUUUGCAAACAUGAAAGAAAACAAUUCACAAUAGUUCUUUACACCAAUAUCUGGACUCUUAGAGACAGGAACAGUGACUAUACAAUGCUUUGAUAAUAUCAGUGCCAGACUAAGGUGCUUUGUCACAAUACUUCCGGAACAGUAUGCUCUGAAAUGCCAAAAGGGCAUCUUGAUUAAAACAAUAUACCAAGGUUACACACAUGCUUACAAAAGUAUUUAAAAUAUUUGGAAAAUAAAUAUUAGAUAUAUUAAAGGAAGCCUUAUCUCACCUCAGAGUGGGUAACUUCCGCAUACAGCACAAUAUGCUACAAAAACACUAGAUUUGGUGUAUAUGAGAAUAUUUGUAUACAUUUGCAUCUUACUAUACAAGAAAUCUGUGAGAUUGAUAAUCUAUAUCAAAUGUUUUAUGUGGCUAAAAGAGAUUUUCAAACGGACCAUUAAGUUAGUUUUUGACUGCAGUAAAGAAAGAGGGAAUCAUCUUGUGGCUAUUCCAGUGUUUCUGAGGAGCAUUUACCAGUUGAAGAAUCUCAUCUUUUUCAUCUCAAUAAUUUUGUCUGCAUUUUUCCAAAUACUAAAUUUUGCAUCCAUCCCCUAUGUCUUCUGUCCUGCAUCCAAAAACUGAGAAUGCACCUCUUAACUGUAAUCUGAGUUAUGAUGUAUGUUGAUAAGACGUGUUUUACCAUACUGUAUAUAUGCCUGUAGAUAUUUCGAUGUGCUCUCCCAGAGUAUCACCCAGCCCAUCUCUAUGUAAUAUAUUAAACAACCUGUCUAAUUUGGAAAAAGUUUUUUUUUUCAGCCCCAUUUUUAAAAGGCUUAUGAGUAGGCCUCAUAUUCUACAAAAUUUGUCCAUGUAAUCUUUAAAAAAUAUAAUUUUAGUAUACAACUUUUUUUGUUGUUUGUUUUGUUUCUUUGUUUUUUGGUGAGUGUUGUUUCUCUUUGUUGUUUUAACUGGAAACGCACAAUAUCUUAAAAUUUAAGGAAUAUCAUGUAAAUGUCACAUUGAAGCCAAAUGUAAGACUUUUGAUAGUCCACCAGGUAGGGACACAUCAUCUAAACCUUGCUUCUUGAAAACAGUGCUCAGUGUCUCAAUAACCUGUCACAGUUACUAACAACAUAAGCUGUUAUUUUAGUCUUUCAGAUCCUGAAAGAGAAAUUUAAGUGGUGGGCAUUACAAGAAAAAAAAAAAGAUUUUCUUUUUUUU